CACUAAGCAGGUGCGGAAGAACGCAGAACUACGAAUGGAAAGCAAAAUAUUUGUUCUGCUUAUAUCGGCACUCAUCUGGACGGACUGUGCGCAAUCUCAGCUGCCAGAUGAUUUAAGUUGUGAAACUGUUAGUACACAGCGACUCAACUUAACAGCUCUGGCGGGCUACUGGUACGAGGCAGUCAGAGUGCCGAAUGUGGAUGUUAUGAAAUGCUUAAAUGUCUCCGUGCCGGCAACGGUAGAUCAUGAAUUGGAACUGCAAUUGGAGUACGUCAACACGGUUGAUAAACGACCUCUGACCGUUAAGGAGAACAUAACAUUUCCAUGGGAUGACGCAACUGCAAACGGCCUUUUCACCUUGGUAUACAUUACCGAGCUGAUGAACAUAAGUGUCACCUACAAACUGGUCUAUGCCCAACCGAAGCUUAUGGCCAUUCUUUGCGGCUACUCUAGCAUUUCGCCGAUGCCGCUCUUCAAGAUUUUUACGCGCCAACGUCAGCUCGAUCCAAUUAUUGUCAGCUAUAUUACCACGCAAUUAGAUAAAACGCCCUAUGGUAAUAAUAUUCAUUGGACAGAACAAUCACCGGAUCGUUGUAAUGCUGCAGUCAGUCCAAAACUGACACUCAUAAUAGCAUUUGGAUUGGCUAUCAUUUGUAGUCUAUGGAGUUAAUCAGCUGAAACAAUCGGCUGCUUAUCGUUAUCUGCUUAUCAUUAUAGAGUUAUGAGUCAUUUUUGUGAAAACAAGUGUUGAAAAGAAGUGUCAAAUAUUCGUAUUUAAAAGAUAUUCAUAGAUCUGAGUAAGCGGACUGUACGAACAAAUUUGAGCUGCAACCGAUUUUAUGCGUAGCACUCAGGCAGUGCAUUGCCUAAUUAUUAUUAUAAUUUUGCAAUAACAAACAACAAAAACGUAAAUGUAAUUAAGCUUUAUUAAUAAUAUAUAAUAAUGUAAAUAUAAUUCUAGUCAAGUUGUACAGAAGCAAGUCAAAAUAUCAAUCAAAAUAUUAGCAAAUUUGUGUUCAAUAAAUUCUGGCUGUUAUAAUACA